UUUUGGCUCGUUUUCAACAUGAAGUAAGCACUGUCUUCAAACUCCAAGAUAUUAAAAUAAAGAUAAGAAGACAAACACACUUCCUCUUUCACUUAAUGAAAUCCUUGUAGUCAUUGCAGCUAUGGCAGCUCUACCCUUCUCAACAAUCUGCAGGCAUUCCAAUUCAUCUUUACACUCCAAUUCCAAAUCAAGCUUCACUGGUUUCAGUCAAAGAAACAAUAUUGGCCACUUGUUUCUCAUCAGGAAGUGCAGUUCCAGAAGGGUAGUAAGAAAGUUAUGUGUGAAGAAUGUUGCCAGUGAUAAAAAGCAGGAACAGAAUGAACCACUCACUGAACAAGAAACUUUAGAUAAAUUUGUCCCAGAUUCUGCAUCUAUUGCUGCAAGCAUUAAGUAUCAUGCCGAGUUCACCCCGUCUUUCUCUCCGGAGAAGUUUGAGCUAAGUAAAGCGUUCUAUGCGACUGCAGAGAGUGUCCGUGAUUCCCUCAUCAUAAACUGGAAUGCAACGUAUGAAUAUUAUGAGAGGAUGAAUGUUAAGCAAGCUUACUAUAUGUCCAUGGAGUAUCUACAGGGUAGGGCAUUGCUAAAUGCAAUUGGAAAUUUACAACUUUCAGGCCCUUAUUCUGAGGCUCUAAGAAAGCUGGGACACAAUUUAGAGAAUGUGGCUAACCAGGAGCCAGAUGCCGCCCUUGGGAACGGAGGAUUAGGCCGCCUUGCUUCUUGCUUUUUGGACUCCUUGGCAACAUUGAAUUACCCUGCAUGGGGUUAUGGGCUAAGAUACAAGUAUGGUUUGUUCAAACAACUUAUAACAAAGGAUGGUCAAGAGGAAGUUGCUGAAAGCUGGCUUGAGAUGGGAAAUCCCUGGGAAAUUCCAAGAAACGAUGUUUCUUAUCCGGUUAAAUUCUAUGGAGAAAUUACUUCAGGGCCAGAUGGAAGAAAAGAAUGGAUUGGAGGAGAAAAUAUCAUGGCAGUUGCUUAUGAUGUUCCAAUACCAGGAUACAAAACUAGAACCACUAUAAACUUGAGGUUAUGGUCCACUAAAGUUUCACCUGAAGAGUUCGAUUUGCGAGCUUACAAUGCCGGGGAUCAUGACAAAGCAUAUGCUGCUCUGAAGAAUGCAGAGAAGAUCUGCUAUGUAUUAUACCCUGGGGACGAAUCGAUUGAAGGGAAGACUCUACGAUUGAAGCAACAGUAUACCUUAUGCUCGGCCUCUCUCCAGGAUAUUAUUGCUCGUUUCGAAAAGAGAUCAGGAAAGGCCAUUGAUUGGGAUACUUUCCCGGAUAAAGUGGUGGUCCAGAUGAAUGAUACUCACCCAACACUCUGCAUUCCAGAGUUGAUUAGGAUAUUGAUGGAUGUAAAAGGUUUAAGCUGGGAUAAAGCCUGGGAGAUAACUAAAAGAACCGUUGCUUACACAAAUCACACAGUUCUACCUGAGGCACUAGAGAAAUGGAGUUUGAAACUUCUGCAGGAUUUGCUUCCUCGACAUGUGGAGAUAAUAAGAAAAACUGAUGAAGUGUUCAUACAUGAAAUUAUAUCUGAGUAUGGGAUGAAUGACCUUGACUUGUUGGAUCAAAAGCUCAGAAAGAUGAGAAUACUGGAGAACAUUGAGUUGCCUAACUCAGUGGUUGAGCUGAUUAAUAGCUCAAUAGAGAUUCCUGAUGCUGAUCCUAUAGAGGAAAGAGAUGAGAAGACGGAAGAAGAUGAUGGCGAAGAAGAGCCAUCUGUGGAAGAGGAUACCGAAAAGAAAACAACAUGGACAUUCAAAGUUGAUUCAAAACAGCCAACAAUGGUUCGCAUGGCUAAUCUAUGCGUUGUAGGUGGUUUUUCUGUGAAUGGAGUAGCUGAGAUUCACAGUGAGAUUGUAAAACAGGAAGUUUUCAAUGAUUUCUAUGAGAUGUGGCCUGAAAAGUUCCAGAAUAAAACAAAUGGGGUGACCCCAAGAAGAUGGAUCCGCUUUUGCAAUCCUGAUCUUAGUAAAAUCAUAACCAAGUGGAUUGGAACAGAGGACUGGGUCACAGAUCUUGAGAAAUUGGCUAUACUUCGCAAGUUUGCAGAUAAUGAGGAUUUACAAUCAGAGUGGAUGGAAUCAAAGAGAAGGAACAAGAUUAAGGUUGCGUCAUUUAUCAAGGAAAGAACUGGUUAUGAUGUUAGUUCAAAUGCAAUGUUUGAUGUACAGGUGAAGCGCAUUCAUGAAUACAAACGGCAGUUACUGAAUAUCUUGGGAAUCGUUUAUCGCUACAAAAAGAUGAAAGAAAUGAGUGAUGAGGAAAGGAAACAAAGUUUUGUCCCACGAGUUUGUAUUUUCGGAGGGAAAGCAUUUGCAACAUAUGUUCAAGCCAAGAGAAUUGUAAAAUUCAUCACAGAUGUAGGAGCCAUAAUCAAUCAUGAUCCAGAGAUUGGAGAUCUAUUAAAGGUUGUAUUUGUUCCUGAUUACAAUGUCAGUGUGGCCGAAAUGCUAAUUCCUGGCAGCGAGUUGUCGCAGCACAUCAGCACGGCUGGUAUGGAGGCCAGUGGAACAAGCAACAUGAAGUUUGCAAUGAAUGGAUGCUUACUUAUUGGAACUCUUGAUGGGGCUAAUGUUGAAAUAAGGGAAGAAGUUGGAGAAGAUAACUUCUUCCUCUUUGGCGCGCGUGCUCACGAAAUCUCUACGCUGCGAAAAGAAAGAGCAGAGGGAAAGUUUGUAGCAGAUCCACGUUUUGAAGAAGUAAAGGCAUAUGUAAGGAGUGGUGUUUUUGGAAGCUACAACUAUGAAGAAUUGAUUGGAUCCUUGGAAGGGAAUGAAGGGUAUGGUCGUGCUGAUUACUUCCUUGUUGGAAAGGACUUCCCUAGCUACUUGGACUGCCAAGACGCCGUCGACAAAGCAUAUCGAGAUCAAAAGAGGUGGACAAGAAUGUCAAUCUUGAACACAGCCGGUUCAUACAAAUUCAGCAGUGACCGGACUAUUCAUCAAUAUGCCAGAGACAUUUGGAGAAUUCAACCACUUUUCCUGCCUUGAAAAGUUUCAUGUGCCUAAUUGUUUCUUCCUUCUUGAUUAUUUUUGGUUUCUGUUGCUCUCAAACUAUUUAUAAGUAUACAAGGCAGUCAUUAUCUUAGGGUGAAUUUUGAUGCAAAAUAAUGGUUAUUACUUUGUGAAGAC